AUGACAGACCCAAUCUAAAAGCAAUUAGAAUAUUUUCAUAAUAAAAAAGUGACUGUAACUUCAUAACGACAAAUAGCUAUACCAAAAUUAUAGUCACCUUAGAUUGUUUAUUAAGAACCAAAAUUUUUGUCUCUUAGAAAGACAGUAUCACAAUAAGAAAUGUGUGUAUCUAAAUUUCAUACAUAAAUAAAUUCUAAUAAUCAAAAAAAGGACAAUUAUGAAUAAAGAAUUACUUUCUAAUGA